AUGAGGAGACCACGUAACUUGGUUCCCCCCUACCGGCGGGCCGGGGAUUGUUCCCAAGUUUUCACAGCCCUGGACUGGGGACAGCCGCGUGUUGAUCAUGUCGCCCUGCGAACCUAUGUCACCUUCAAUGGUACUGGUACCCUGAAGCCCCCGGUCACGAGGCUCAAUCAGCUCUGCCAUCGGGCAGAUGCAAAAUGCGCGCUUUUCUGCCUCCGCCAGAAUUUGCGUCUAGUGCCUGGUGUUUGGGCUUUUGCUUUGCGCCGCGGUAGAGCCGUGUUAGCCCUGGCUCACUAUGUCAAGGAUCUGCGUGAGUCCAAGAAAGGUCUUCGAAAGGCGAUUCGGUGGGAUAUUGGUGCCCGCAUUCGUGAUGCGGCCGACACUGCUCAAAAUGCCGGCACGGGCAGUGUUGUGUCUCGGCUGCAAUGCCUUCUGCGCCCCUCCGCGCGGCGGGCUCGGCCUCCUCGCAGCCUACCCGGCCUCACCAAAGAGGAUGGUACUCCGACGCUUGAACCGGAGGCGGUCGAAGCUGCCUGGGUCGCUCACUUUUCCAGCAUUGAGGACGGCAGUACACGCUCUCCUGAGGACAUCGUCGCUGCCUGUCUGCACACACAACGCUCCCGGAAUCUCGAGGACUUGGAGCUCGAGACGGCGGACCUUCCGACGCGCUCUGAGCUCGAACUCGCGUUCAGGGAGACGAUGCUCCACAGAGCAUUUGGGACUGAUGGUGUUCCGGCAGAGGCUCUUCGCGGAGCACCAGGUGCUGCGGCGGCUGCCAUCUUCCCCAUCAUCCUAAAGUGUGCCCUGCGACUUGAAGAGCCGCUACACUUCAAAGGAGGGUCUCUGUACGCUGUCUGGAAAGGAAAGGCGUCUCCCGGCGCCUGUUCCUCAUACCGAGGCAUCCUGGUGUCCUCAACUGUCGGCAAGGCGUAUCAUCGCAUCAUCCGGGCGCGUAAUGUCCCAGCCCUCCGCCAGGCAGCGACACCACUGCAAAUUGGUGGACUACCCAAAAGUCCCGUGACGCUUGCUGCCCAAGUUGUGCGUCUACAUCAGAGUUGCUGCAAGGGCCGGGGUACCUCGCAGGCUGUCCUUUUCUUGGAUCUGAAGGAAGCCUUUUACCGCAUCGUCCGUCCCCUUGUGACUGGCUUCAGUGGCACAGACGAGGACAUUGCAACAAUCGUUCGUUCUGUUGACCUGCCGCCUGGGGUCAUGCAUGACUUACGAGCACACCUUGAGGAAGUGUCUCUGCUCAAGCAGUCCGGCUCAACCGACUGGGCGGUCACGGCCACCACGGAGGCGCUACAUCACACCUGGUUCAGGUUUGAACAUGGCACCCUCACUACUGAGACCGGGAUUGGGACUAGGAGUUCUGGGCUCUUGCCCAUGCGGAAGGGCACUGGCUUUCGCUUGUUCGCCAAUCCCUUGCUUGGCUCUACGAGCUCCUGCCUCCCGAUGGGAACGGAGGCGUUCUGGCCGGACACCAGUGUCAACAUUGUCUCCGACAUUUCGGCACGAACUUGCAGUCGCCGAGCUGAAGACGCUGGCAAAAUCCAAGCGCCAGUCCUCCAGGCCUCUGGGCCAAAGUUGGCCCCUAGGGAGGCCAUCUGGCUCGAUGCUGAUGAGCGCCCGAUUGCUGAAGUCCUAGACUGUCUCUCUCACGUUGGUGUUGAUACUCCAGCUCUUUCUGAUUCCAUGCUUUGGCAGCAGCUCCGGGUGGCCUUCUCCUGUGUUUGUGCCUCUACUAUCCGUUUACGGGUGACAGCCGAAGCGUUCCUGCAUGGACUUGUCGACCGGGAUGAUCUGGUCCCCUCGAUUAGACUGAGACUGGAGGAGGCGAUGACCUGGGUCCAGAGUGCAGACAUUGUCUCGUGGCUAGUUCCGGUGCCCGAGACCACUCAGCGACCACACAACACCUUCCAGGACUGUGAAACUGUCCUGAGUCUGCUGGAGGUUGCCCACAUCCCUUUCCCUGCGCCUGCUCUAGACACGGCUGUAGCCGUCAGAAUUGUUGUUGGGCCUGCUGCGUGGUGCAGGGGUCAGGAGAACGAACAUCCCAACUCAGUCAUCUUCGCCCUCGAAGAAUGUACUCAGCUCAUAGCACAUGGCCACAGUCCCUCCUUCUUCGACGGCCCAUAUGAUGAUGUUGUGUUCAUGCUCUGUGUGGAUGGAUGGAGUGGCUUCUUGAGUGUGCCUGCUCCUCACACACCGGCACGGAUGUUUCAUUCUUUGCUCGCCAGCGAAGUCCUCUGCGGAGAUGUUGUGCGGUUCGCCCUUCGACUUUGGGGGCUUGGAACCCCGACUAUGCUCCUUUACCCGGCACUUGCGAGUGGUGCUCUUGCCCCACUUGGGGAAAUCGCCGCACUUGCUUGUGGUGCUAUUGGGCCUAGGCGGUACCUCCGCAAUGGCUGGCCUCACUGGUGA